AUGGGGUCCGUACAACAAGACUCUCACUUCAAGAAAAUCCAGAGCUUCAAAGCCGACUAUGCGGAUGCCACGUUCACGCAGUAUGAGUCGCAGCGAACAGGACUACGGGUGGUAGUUGUCGACCGGAAAGGGCCAAAGGUGUACGGAAACUUUGCUGUAGCCACUGAGAUUCACGAUGACUCCGGCUCUCGUAUGUUUGAAUUUAUCCAUCAACUGGCGCUGCUGACAGCGAAGACGCAGGGUGUGUACUUUUCUCAAGCUAUUGAUUUUGUAGCUAACAGCAAAAGCGUCGUCUACUCUGAAAUGCAAGGUCGUGAGAACCUACAAGGCGAUUUGAUGGACCUCCAGAUGCGUCGCUUGCUCUACCCGGAAGGGGACGGAUACCGCUACGAGACUGGUGGUAUGAUGAAGGCGCUACGAGUGCUGCCCGCAGAGCGCAUUCGCCAAUUCCACCGUGACAUGUACCAGCCGAAAAACAUUCGGCUUGUACUCAUCGGAGAGGUCGAGCACACCAACCUCCUCAGUAUUCUGGACAAGUUCGAGGACUCCAUCAUCGAUAAGGUACCCGCCUACGAUGCCCCCUUCAAGCGACCGUGGGUAGAGUCGAAGCGCACACCGCCACUGAGCAAGACUGUAGUUGACACAGUAGAGUUUCCAGAGGAGGAUGAAUCUACUGGUGAAAUCCAGAUCGCCUUCCUCGGGCCUGAGUCUAUGGAUGAUACUGCCGAGACAGCCAUCAACACUCUACUCUAUUACCUUGCAGGGUCUUCUGUCUCUGUCUUGGUCAACACACUAGUUGAAAAGGAGAACCUCGCAAGUCAGAUCUAUUUCUACACCAAAGGACAUUACGACAUGAUUAUAUGGUGGACCAUCAGCUCUGUUGAGACAUCCAAGCUAGCGGAGGUAGAAAAACGCUUCUUUGAGGUUCUGAAAGAUCACGCUUCCAGGCCACUUGAUAUAAGCUAUCUGAAGGAUUGCUUACACCGCUUCGAGCGUCAGACACGAUACGCCUCCGAGAUUGGCAAUGACGAGUACAAGGACUCUGUCAUCAAAGACCAUCUGUUUGGCAACAGAGACGGCUCAGAUCUUGAGAAAGCGAUGGCCAGCUUGAAGGUAUUUGAAGAAUUGGAAGAGUGGACAGAGGAGCAGUGGCGAGCAUUGCUGAAGAAGUGGAUGUCAGAUGCGCACCAUAUUUCCCUGCUUGGCAAGCCGUCACUCGCACUGUCAGAAAAGAUGAAGGCCGAGGAGGUCGCCCGUGUCAAGGCCCAACAAGAGAAGCUCGGUGAAGAGGGUCUUAAAAAGCUCGCAGAGAAGCUCAAGGCAGCACAGGACGAGAACGACAAGCCGAUCCCCGAAGAGAUUAUCGCAGGCGUAAAGGUCCCUAGCACCGAGUCUAUCCACUUCUAUGAGACCGUUACUGCUCGUUCUGGCCUCGCGAAGAAAUUGGGCACAUCAGAGAACAAGAUUCAACAAAACAUCGACAAGGACGAGAACGGCCUGCCUCUGUUCAUACACUACGAGCACAUCCCUACGUCGUUCGUGCACUUUGGCCUAAUUCUCGGAACCGCCACAUUACCCACCGACCUGAAGCCUCUGCUUGGUGUAUACCUUACGAACUUCUUCGCUACACCUGUCGUCAAGGACGGCAAGCGCAUCGAGUUUGAAGAAAUCAUCACAAAGCUUGAACAAGAUACCAUCGAAUACAGCGUGGACCGUGGCUCCGACGUCGGUAACUCCGAGAUGCUCUACAUCCCCUUCGUCUCCGAGGCAAGCAAGUUCGAAACAUGCGUGCAAUGGCUGAAGACCAUGCUCGUGGACUCUGUCUUCGACGUCGAGCGCAUCAUCACCGCCGUCAAGAAAAUGCUCGCCGACGUCCCCGAAGAGAAGCGCGACGGCAACAGCAUGGCCUUCGCCGUCGACCGCAUGGUCCACUACGACGCCGCCUCCUCCGUCCGCGCAACAAACACUCUCGUCAAAGCCCUCUACCUCAAGCGCAUCCUCAAGCUCCUCAAAUCCUCCCCCCAAACUGUCAUCGACAAACUCGAAGCUCUCCGCACCCACCUCCUCACCUUCUCCAACAUGCGCAUCCUCGUCACCGCCAACCUCGAGACCCUCACGUCCCCCGUAUCCACAUUCAAACACCUCCUCUCCGCCUUCCCCGCCCCCGAAAACCCCUCCCUCAUCCCCAUUGAUGACCGCAAUGCCGUCCUCUCCCCCUCCGGCAAGAACCCUGGUGGAAACCACUUCAUCAUCCCCAUGCCCAUCGACUCCAGCUUCGCCGUCUUCACCUCGCGAGGCCCCAAGGGGCACACCAACCCGCAACUCCCAUCACUAAUGGUUGCACUCGCCUACCUCGACGCCGUCGAAGGGCCCAUGUGGCAAGCAAUCCGCGGCAACGGCCUCGCAUACGGCACAAACUUCUUCCGCGACCCGGAGACCGGCCUGCUCAAAUUCAGAAUCUACAAGUCGCCCAACGCCUUCUCCGCGUACAGCAAGGCGAAGACGGUGGUUGCCGAGUACGGCGACGGGACGCGCACGUUCGAUGAGCUGGCGCUUGAGGGCGCGAUUAGCAGCAUUGUACGCGAGUUUGUCGACGAGCGCGCGAGUAUUUUGGAUGCGGCGAGGAGUUCGUUUGUGGAUCUUGUGACGCGCGGGGUCGGCAAGGACUGGCAGGAUUGGGCGCUGAGGGAGGUGAGGAAGGUCGGGGUUGAGGAUGUGAGGAAGGUGCUGAGGGAGGUUGUGGGCGGCGUGUUUGUGCCCGAGAAGGCGGAUGUGGUGGUUACGUGUGGCGGGAUUAUGAGUGAUGAUCUCAAGAAGAACUUCGAAGAAGCUGGAUUCAAGCCGCAAGUCAAGCAACUCGUCGACUUCCAGGACGCAUACGGCCUCGAAGGCGAGGACGAUGACGCAGAGGAUGAUGAGGAGAUGCUCAGCGGCAGCGACGACGGGAGCGAGAGUGGAAGCGACAUGUCCGAGUAA